GCAUCUGAAAACUCCAGGGGACUGAGUGUAGACAGAGCAACUUUCCUAUAACAAACGUUCGAACCUGCCGCAGUGGCUGUUCCUCCCAUCCCCCUAGGAGGCACCAAGGCCGGAGGAAGAACUGGUGGACGAUAAGCAGGUAUAGGGGGCCAGGAAACAGGACAGGUGUGACGAUACCCAGCUGCAAGAGGCACUCAUCAGCAAAUUCACUUCUUGCUCAUCCUAUGACAUUUCUGUUGGGAAGAAGGAACCAGUGUCCCUGUGAUCUUGGUAGGAAUUUUCUGUGACUGCCCACUCACCCGGCAGCUAUCACCCUGAGCUGCCAGGAGCCUGGAGAAGAUGAAGGUGUCCGUGGUUCUCACCCUCAUUGGCUACCUGGUGGUUCCAAGUGGCGCUGCUGUUUUGGGGCGCUGUGUGGUGGCUAAGAAGCUCCACGAAGGAGGCCUGAGUAAUUUUGAGGGCUACAGCCUUGAAAACUGGGUGUGCCUGGCUUACUUUGAGAGCAAGUUCAACCCCGAGGCUAUCUAUGAGAACACGCGUGGGGGCUACACCGGCUUCGGCCUCUUUCAGAUCCGCGACAAUGACUGGUGCGACAGAGGCAAGAACCUCUGCCACGAGUAUUGCUCUGCUUUACUGAAUCCGAAUUUAAAGAAGACAAUUGAAUGUGUCAAGAAAAUUGUAAAAGAAAAAGAAGGGAUGGGAGCAUGGCACUCCUGGUCCCUGAACUGUCAGAACUCGGACACUCUGGCGCGGUGGUUGGACGGAUGCAAGGUGUAGCCGCCGGGGCGGCCCUCCCACACGCACCAGUUGCAUCUUCUGGAUGAAGAUGCUUUUCUGUUUGUUCAACCUUGUUGAUUAUCUCACUGCUUGACAGCUCCAGAUGGAAAAGGACCAAAGUUGGCUUCAUCCAGGGAUGCAGGAUACAGAAUAAACCAGCUAGUUAUUCAACC